GUGGGGUGGGGGGGGUGUCUGCCCUCACCCCCACACCUCCUGGCCUGGUGGCCAUAACGGGGUACAAGCUUGUAGGCUGUGUAGAACAGCUGUGUACACGGUUAUCCACUUCUGGACUUGUGUGAUGUAGGUCUUGUAAAAGCAGCAGUGCAGAGCUCUAGUCCAGUAGUACUUUAACUAGUAGUUAAACCACACCGGAAACAAAGGUCUUAUCACUCUGUCAGAAUGUGCGCUGUGCAGUUCAGGUCACAACCUCUGAAUUAAAAGUUAAAAUUGUAUCGACUGCGAUUCCUCCUUCAUUAGGGGAAGCUGAUCCGCCUUUAUUUCAGUUCUGAUGAUGAUCUUUGGAUUUGCACCCGUGUCACAGCUGGCUGAGGAAGCGUGGGCUGGCCGGGGGAAGCUGAAUAGUGUUGCGCAGUGUUCGGAAGCCCCUGCAAGGUGAGCUUUGUCCACUGGAGCCGGCGUAACACUGAAAUGCUUCCCCACCCCAGCCUCUGCUCCUCAUUUUCUUACCUAUUCUUGCAAAGCCCUGGGUCCCUUAAGAGGAUGAAUGAAAAUAUCUCAUUCCUGAGUCCAAAAGAACGGGGGAGAGAUGUUGCAAUGUUUUGACUGCAGGAAGUGAAUUUUAUCACAGCUUCCUCGGCUCUUUGUUUUGUCUUGGCUGAUGAGUGCAGCGCUCCAAGAAGAGAGGUCUUUGUUUCUUGAUUUUUUUUUUAUUUACCAGAAAUGUUCCACCUUCCAGAAUUCCACGUCUCGGGACGCGCUGCUUUUGCAAUGCAGCUCAAUUGUCACGAAUUGAGAACUUGGCAGCUACCACGUUGUACCCAGAGAUUACACAAAAGGGCGCAGCUCUUGUCCUCGAAGAAGGGAUGGGUUAUUUUUUUCUCUCUCCGCGCACAGCUUCGCCCGAGAUCGAUCUGUUUUAGUUUCCUGUAAGCUGUGCGGGAUGUAGUGUUUACAGGGAGAAUACGAGGAGUCGGUGUCUCCUUAGAAGUCCCAAUUUGUGAUGAUGAAUCUACCAACUGAGGUUUGCAAUACGGAAAGAUGCUUUUCCAAACCCUCUGUGUCCAGCUUAGGCUGAAAGAUGCCCAGGACAGCUCCUAGUCGCUUACAGAAGCGUGGAGGGGAUCAAUAACUGCAGAAAUGUCUGUGCAAUAACACAUAAGUAUCUUCUUGUAAUGCUGACUACGGUAGUGAUAAUGUACGCAACACUGUGAAGGCGCGGUGUAUCCCCUUAAAAGUAUUUACUUGGAGCCAGUCGGAAACACGCACCGAUCAAUACAGAAAUUGAAAAUGUAUGGAAAACGAGCUCCGAUAAUCCUAACCUCAUGGACAAAGUAAUCGCUUGGAACACAAUUACUUGCGCCACUUUUAGAUCACUGUUAUCUAUGUAAUGGGCCAGACGCGAUGGAAUUAAACCAACAGCUCAGAUAGGGGCUGUGUGCUUUAGAGUAUACAUACGACUCGUGACGCAGCGAAUAUACUGUAAAUAUACUUACAGGGCUGUUCUGCGUAACAGCUCUUCUCUGAACAUCAUAUUGUGUUGGGAUGUUCAGUGGAAGAGCGAGGAUCUCGCAAAUGGAAAUAACAAACAUGAAUUAUUGCAGUCAUAAAAUAUUGAAUUCUUCUGAUAAUCCUUGUCUACCCUGUGGAGCGUUAGGAAUCGAUACUCAGGUUAUCUCCCCGUGACAAACGUGAAAGCGGAGCGCACCCCAGUCCGAAAACUACAUUUAUAACUUGAUUUCACCCCCGUUUAUGACCUAAACUUAAGAAGAGAGAGAAAUACUUGUGUAAGCUGCCAAGACAAAUGAAUAGGUCGACCCCUUUUUUAUCUUACUUCAUUUAAUGUUUAAUUCGCGAUAUAUGUGUCAAUAUUUCACUAAAGCUGCGUUCUGCGCCAGUUGUGUCCAUUCACUGGCUGGCCAGGAAGUGGUGGUACGACCUGUGUUUUUACUAUUGCGUGCACAAAGGCCCUGUUUUGUACCCUACAAAUCAUUUUAAAUGAUAUGCUUAAGCGCAGGUAUCCGCCUCUCAGCCCAGUGUUGAUAUGGUUCUUUUCCUUACGCCCUAGUCCGGCUGGAGUCUGCGUCGUUUAGUCCUGGCUGUUGGGAGCAAGUUACUGGUUUCAAUUAGCUGUUUGUCAUAUCCCCGCCCCUCCCUCGGCCUCGGCGCUUGGCGUCUUUCCAGUCUGGAGUAAUAAAAUUGAAGCCGACUUCAAUUCCGGGCGGUAGGGUUGCAUUCCUGUUUUGUGUUCGGGUGGAAUAGCACGGCGUAUCUCCGUCUUCGGGGCUACUGACUGUGGGAGGUGCGGAGUCGUGAGGUUCUGCGCGCACCUGGAAAAGUUUGCCAGACCUCAAGACGAAGGAGCGCCGUCUGGCAGUGCAAGAAUACCGUCUUCACAUUUCAGCCGCUGUGCUGAAAUGAAAGUCCCUUUCUUUCACCCUCCGAAGGCCGGGGCAGUUCAGUUCAAGGUAGUUUUUUCUUGGCAUGGUCCUAAGGAGAAAAAAAAAGGUGCAGAGCAUGACGCAGCUGAAGGGGAGGUCUGAGUAAGGGGAGAAACAGCAGGAAAAAAGAUCUAAGAGAACAAUGUGAAGGCAGACCCCGAUGUCGAGCUCCCUGAGAGUGACUGCGUUGGCGAACCUUCUCCUGUGCGUCUGGUUGACCUUGGUCACCGUGCCAGCCACUGCCGGUCAGUUCCCCUGCCCCGCGUCGGAUGGCGUGUUUGCGAACUGCAAGGGCGCCAAUCUGGAAUGGGUACCAGCUGGCCUCCCCCUCUCUGUAGAGGUCCUGGACUUGUCUUACAACAGGCUGCGGGCCAUAAGGAGGGCCGAUUUCGCCCACCUCUCCCGCCUGCGGGAUCUCAGGCUGCAGUACAACAACAUCUCCCACAUCGAGGGCGGAUCCUUCCUCUUUAACGCCCUGCUGGAGCACCUCAACAUCUUCAACAACUCCUUGAGGGCCAUCCCCCACAAGGCCUUGCAGCCCCUCGUCAAGUUGAGGUCCCUGGACAUGUCCAACAACCUGUACGCCCAGGCCACUCUUGACGAUGUCUUCUCCGCCUUCACCAGCCUUGAGAGUCUGUCUCUGGGAGGUCCUCUGGUCCAGAACUUGAGCCGGGGAGACUUCCGAGCCUUGCAGAAGACCCGCUUGGUCAAGUUCGCCAUCAAGGCGGGGACCAGCUUAGUUCAUUACGAGCCUGGGACCCUGGUGGGCAUCCAGACCCGCGAAAUGUGGCUUGACAUCGCUCUGGAUGACAGGCCAGAGAUUUUGCCCAACAUUCUGCGGGACUUUGCCGGGAGUAGUUUUGCAUGCCUCCGCUUCCGAAACCUCUUUGAGUUUAAGUAUUACACGGGAACGGAGGACAUUUUCCUGGGGCUGAGGGCUAUAAAGACAAAUAAGCUGGUGUUCUACCGGGGCAAGUUCAAUGAGAACCUCUUAAGGAUGGCUCUCCUUAACAUUCAGGGCUCACCGAUUAAAGGCCUGGAGCUGGUGGCUGUUGACUUUGCGCGUUCACCCAGUUUCGUGGAUAAUGGCACUGGAUCCAGCGUGACAGACCUUUCCCUGGAUGAACUGGUUCUCUCCGACAUCAGCAACCCAGACAUCCUGCGCUUUGACUGGCGCUUCACCUGGUUCAGCAAAGUCCGCAACCUGACCAUCAGGAAUGUCAACUUCAACUUCGUGCCGUGCGAUGCCUGGGACGAGUUGAGGAACGUGGAGGUCAUGACCAUCGCCAACAACCGGCUGCGGGACAACUUCCUGUACAACCAGAGGUGCACCUACAAGGACUCCAUGCCCAGCCUCAGGACUUUCGAUGCCAGCGCCAACGAGCUCACCAGCCUGAGUACGCUGACAGCGCUCAUGGGCGAGUGGCGCCAACUCAGGGUGCUGGACCUCAGCUACAACAAGCUUGGCUCCCUGGAGGAGUCCUGCACUUGGAGGCAGAACAUCACCAAGAUGAUCCUGCACCACAACACCUUUGACCGCAGUGUCUUGGACUGUUUGCCCACCACGCUGGAGUACCUGGACCUGUCCUACUCCAGCCUUGACCAGCUGGACAUGACCUACUUCCAGAAGGCCACCAGCCUCCGGGUUCUCCUCCUCAGCGACAACAAGAUCAAGUUCAUCCCCUCCGGCUGGAGCAGCCCCAGCCUCUGGUCCCUGGUGGUGGACGGGAACUCCUUCGGCCUCAUCAACACCGGCUCCUUCCACAACAUGCCCAGCCUGGCUUUGCUGAGAGCGGGCAACAACCCUUACCACUGCACCUGUGACCUCCACCACUUCUUCCAGGAGACCCUCGCCAGAGGGACGGUCAACAUCACCGACUGGCCGGACGACUACAUCUGCUACCACCCCGAGCCCUUGCGGAUGACCUCUGUAGACAGGUUUUCGCCCGGGCGGCUGGCCUGCGACGUCAGGCUGGUGGUCGCGAUCUCGGUGGUCAUCACUGCCAUCGUGGUGCUGGUCAUCGUGCUGCUCUGCUACGCCUUCGAUGUGCCCUGGUACGCCAAAGCCACCUACCAGAUCCUGAGGGCCAGGUAUCGGGCUAGACAGGAAGGAGACCUCCUGGGGCGGGACUUCGCCUACCACGCCUUCGUCUCCUACAGCCACUCGGACGCAGAGUGGGUGCGGGAUCAGCUCCUUCUCCGCCUGGAGAGCUGCGAGCCCCCUUACCGCGUCUGCAUCCACGAGAGGGAUUUCAUGCCGGGGAGGUGGAUCAUUGACAACAUCAUCGAGAACAUCGAGAACAGUCGCAAGGUCAUCUUCGUGCUGUCCCACCACUUUGUCAACAGCGAGUGGUGCAACUACGAGCUUUACUUCGCCCAGCAGAGAGCCAUCGGGAAGACCUUCCAGGACGUCAUCCUGGUGGUCAAAGAGGCCAUUGACCCCGACUCCUUGCCCAGCAAGUACUGCAGGCUGAAGAAGAUGCUGAGCACCAAGACCUACCUGGAGUGGCCGGAGGAGACCCAGAGGCGCGCCUUCUUUUGGGCCCAGCUGUGCAGCGUCUUGGGCAAGCCCACGCUCCGGGGUGAGAGGCAGGGGAGCCGGAAGGACAGGUCCCCAUCCUCGGAUUGGGAGCUGAUGACAGAGCUCCCCCUAGAGGAGGAAGUGGGGCCUAGCGGCCAAGCGGAAGCUGCAAGUGUCUCUCAGAGUGUGGCUGGGGACCUUGACAGUGGGCCCUCGGUUGUCCAAGUUCCUGUGUGAUAGCAGAGGUUUUGACUUCCAGCACUGCGUUUGUGCUUUCCAGCAGCUCUUUCUGGGACCUAAUUUUGUUGUUUUUUUUUCAUUGAGGUAUCGAUCUGUUUAAGUAUAGCACUGAAGCAUACAAUACAAUAGUAUAAGUUACAGACUUUGCAGGAGAACCAUCUCAACAGCUGGUUACAUUAAUACAAGGAAGAUGACUUCUCAGACUUUGCAUGUAACAUUUUAUGAACUUCGUUUAUGAUUUUUUUUGAUGAAAUCCUAUUCUCAUUACUACCUUGCAGUCUGAUCGCUUCAUAUCUCAGAAGCAAGUCUAGGCCUGGUUCGUUCCUGGGUGAGAGACCAUUAAGGAAAAGACGUGGCUGCUGCACUCCUGUUGGUUGACCAGUAGGUGGUGCUUUUCCUUCUGGAUCAGAAUAUCCAAACAAGUAUCCUGGAAAGAUGACUGGACUGGGGACAUUGUGCUGUUGGAGGUGCUGUCCUCCAGAUUGUAUGUUGAUUAUUGAAUGUCCCGUGGUGCUGUUAGUAAGGAUUGCAAUCCCUCUUUGAGCCUGCUCAGUCUGGCCUCCCUUAAUGUCCUCCUUCAUUCAGCUGAUGAAGAAAUUUCCUUAGUUCCUUAGUUCUCUGCCAGUUCUGCUGAAACCAAUGACUAAAGAGUGAGGGGACCUAUUUUACUUAAAUGUUCGAAGUAUUCAAAAUCGGACCUCCUCAGAAUCAACACUGACACGUGAGCCAGAGGAGGCAAGUGGAAGCUACAGGUCACUUUAAACUCGGAACGGGAGAUGACUCUUUACACCAAGGGUUGUGGGAGUCUGGAGCAAGUUAAACUUUUGAAGCUGCUAGCCAGGUUUCCUUGAAGACAGUUCUGCUACGGAUGAAUGAGUGACAAGCGACGCAGCGAGCGUGCUGGUCUGAAUGGGCGCUUGGCGCUUUUGAGCAGGGGGCCGCGGGGCGCUGAGGUCUUGCUCUGUGCUGAUGCUGGGGGUCUUGCAGGAAGGGACCACACUGAGGGUUACCAUUCAGGAAUGUCGGGUGUUGAAUGAGCAAAGGUUGAAGGCCCUUCCCAUGUGGGUACGUAAGAUGUCUGGGGAUCCAGCGUGCCUCUUCCUCAAGCAAAGAGAAGAAUAUGGUCGGUAUCGGUGCUCUGCUCCUCGGGACCCAGGAUGCGAGCCGGGAGUGACCUGCGGGCUGCACUGUGUGCCAUCAAAACGAACAGGUGUCUCUGUGACGUGCCCUUGCUGCCAGAGGCCAAUGUGCUUGAGCUGGAGGGGCGUAGUUCCUGUCUUCUCCUGUAGGCCCCUGUCCUUACUCAUCCCGCCGGCUGUAGCUCAGAGCAGCACAAGCGAUAUAAAAAGUACAGCCGGCCUCAUGACAUCCGGUGCUGAUUUCAGGAAGCAUUUCUCUUUCCUUUCAACAGUUGUUUUUAAUUUAGCCAGAUUUGGUGAGGAUAAAUUUCUCUCCCUCUGUUUAAGCUUCUUCUCAAUCUGGUUCGACUGUCAGGGGUUCUUAUAAAGGCUUUUUACCUACAUUGGUCCCAACCCCACCACUCCCCAUCUUCCAAAAGUAUGUCAAGUGAGAUAUUCUGGGGUUUUUUUUCCCUGCUUUGAAAUGUUUACCGAUUGAUUACGGGGAAAGCUGUAGGAAAGGGAGUGGAGGAAUUUUGCUUGAGAGCAAAAACAAAUCCUUUUGAUUGGCAAGUCGUCGACAGCGGGACAGGUUUGUGUCUCUGACUGGCCUUACAGUUGAACUUUAAAUAGUACAAGAAAAUCAAAGUAAAUGACGAGCAGGCCUUGAUGUCCAUCACUGAAAAUACAGUUCUCAGUGAAGAAGACCUAAAGCUGUACAGUCUAGCCCAGUGGUGCCCGGUGACCCGCCAGCUCCUGCUGGGUUUGGUUGCAGCCGAGCUCUCAGUUCCACAGACCAACCCUUCGUUGACUUAAUAAGAAUAAGAUGAAUUUGAGCUGUGUGUUCCCAGCUCUUACACAAUGUUGUACUUUGUAACCCCAAGCUUGUGAGGAGUUACAAAAUGCAAAUAUUCCAAUUAAGCAGCUGCUCAAUUAAGGCCUCAAUUAUCUGAAGAAGGUGGGCUGGAAUGAAAACCAGUAGGUGUGGGGUCACCGGAACCAGGAUUAGGAACCAUUGGGGUAGAGCAAGCGUCUCCACCUCAUUCCAUUUAGCCUUUCUUGCCUGUUUCUAAAGGUCAGGAACACUUGGACGUCUUUCAGCGCAGUACCUAGCUGUCUGUCAGAUCCCUUUUUUACAAGUUUAUUUCUUUAAUUCCAAGAUUCCAGGCAAUGGGUGGGGUCCGCUGUAUUGUUCCAAGGCUGCAUGCUUGAGUUGUAAGAGUAACAAGGCUGGUCCUGUCAAGCAGGCAGUUGGCAAUGAAGGGCACAUUAUUAAGCUCAUUAUAAAAUUUGUGCAAAUUAUAUGCGUGCUUGCGGUUGGGUUUGGUUCCUCUUAGACAUUGUUUUUUCUGUUACGUGAACACAUUCGCCAAAGCUGACUCAGUAUUCCGUUAAAGGCAGCUCCUAGUAGCCGUGUUCCCGAACUGGGGAAGGAAGUGAAAACAGAUUGGAGGGCUGAAGUCAAUAAAUGUGCCUGGUUUCAGGGGCUCAGCCAGAAAAGCCGCCCGCUUGGAGGUUUGUGGCCCAGCCAUCGCGGGUUCGAGGCUGGUUCACACGAUUGCAUGCUACCAUUGGCAUUAGGCAGUGAGCGCGCGCUCUCUGAGCUCUCGCCAACACGGCGACUUAACAGCUGCCUCCAGGAUUGCGGUGAUGUCACUGAGGGACGCACCUCUCCUCCAAUCAGGGCGCACUCCCCUGUCAGGCAACACAGAGCUGCCAGCAUGUCUCCAGGCCGAGGAGAGUCCGAUUGGAGGAGCCGGUCUGCACAUCCUCAACAUCCCAGGCUCCCUGUCCCGUGCCGGAGUCUCACAGGAACUGGCAAGUCCAAACUGGGUGGACGUAAAAUUAAAGCUGUUCAAAUGAACUCCUACUGUGAAUGUUGUGUCCUAGAAGUGUUAUACUUGUGCACUGACCAUGAUUUUCUUGUGUUUCGGGUAAAAUAUGUCUUUUUUUUUAUCCAUGCAGUCGUUUACUGGGGUUAGGUAUUGUAAUUAAUUAAUAAUAAAACGGGGAUGGUAGCCGGUGGAUUUUGCUACACCUGGUGAUCUGCAGCUGUAGAAGCAGCACCAGGUUUUUGUUGACAGCUGUUACCCCUUUCUUUUGGGGGUGCACGACACCUUUGUGGAGCGCCAGGGCUGGUUGGGUCGCUGGAAACUCUGGGUUUUUUGGUGCCGGUUCUGUUGGGGCGGAUCGGUCUCCUAACUGAACGGAGUGGCAGUGAAGGAACUGGCCCCACUGUAGGGCGCCAGCUGCCAGCCAGUUAACCCGAUCGCGCAGUCAGGGCAGGGCAGCCCCCCGGGGGGACGAGCUGCUCCAUCGGAUGCUCAAUGUGCAAAGCUGGAGUCACAUGCCUGCUCCCCCACCUCCCAGAAAAAGCCCCCCCGGCAAUUUCAAGUGGGAGACGACAAAUAAAAAUCCACAGGGUGCCUUCAGGUGGCAUUGGCACUAAGAGGUGGGCAGAGUUCUGUCACUGUGCCCAUGCAUGCCUGGGUAUCGCCCCCUUCUGUUGAAACAAUGUCAUCUAUGGGCAAAUUUAUGCUGUAUGUGUAAAUUAAACGUCUUGCGUUAACUCUGA